UUUUACCCUCCCCCCUCCCUCCCUGCUAGAGAAAAAGGAUGUCGACGUUGAUCUCGACGGUGUGGGAGCAUGCUCAACCCUACGUUGAGCAGGCAAAGCCCUACAUGGAGCAAGCAAAGCCCUACGUGGAACAGGGACGGGUAUUCCUGGAGCCAUAUUUGGCCAACCCCAACUGGCCAAUCAUCGCUGUUACACUCGCUCUUGUCUUCCCGAUCAUCGCAAUUGUGCUCAAUGUCGCUAGUCAACUUCUCCUACCGAGGGAUCGUACCAAGCCCCCAACGGUCUUCCACUUGAUACCCUUCAUCGGUUCGGCAGUCGCGUACGGCAUGGAUCCUUACAAGUUUUUCUUCUCGAUGCGGGAGAAGUAUGGAGAGGUUUUCACGUUCAUCCUCCUUGGUCGGAAGAUGACCGUGUGCUUGGGAGCAAAGGGCACCAACACGAUUCUGGGGGGAAAGCUCUCGCAGGUCUGCGCUGAGGAUGCUUACACUCAUCUUACCACCCCGGUGUUCGGCCAAGGUGUUGUAUACGAUGUGCCGAACCACAUCCUCAUGGAACAGAAGCGUUUCGUCAAGUUUGGGCUAAACACCGACAACUUCCGCGCUUAUGUAGGCAUGAUCGAGGACGAGCUUGACCACUUCCUGAACAGCGAGCCCGAGUUUGCGGCCUAUCGCAAGGGCGGGAAGGAAGACUGGGGCCACUUUGACGCCUUCGAGCAGAUGUCCGAGCUUACCAUUCUCACUGCCUCCCGCACACUCCAGGGCAAGGAAGUCAGGAGUCAGAUGGACAAGACCUUCGCUCAGCUGUAUAUGGACCUCGAUGGUGGCUUCACCCCGCUCAACUUCAUGUUCCCGAACCUCCCUUUGCCCAGCUACCGCAGGCGUGACAAGGCGCAGAAGGCUAUGAGCGACUUUUACGUCAACAUCCUGCAACAACGCCGUGCGAGCAAGUCUGAUGAGGUUGAAUAUGACAUGCUUGCUUCCCUCAUGGAUCAGUCUUACAAGGAUGGCCGUGUCCUUUCCGACCGUGAGAUCGCUCACAUCAUGAUCGCUCUCCUCAUGGCUGGCCAACACACGAGCUCUGCUACCAUGGCAUGGUGCCUCCUCAACCUCGCAGUCCGCCCUGAUGUCCAGCAGGCGAUGUACGACGAGCAAGUGAAGCACUUCGGCGCACCUAACGGUACCCUCCGCUCGCCCACCUUCGAGGAACUCAAGGAUCUCCCCGUGCUUGACUCCGUCAUCCGCGAGACGCUGCGCGUUCACCCACCUCUGCACAGCCUGAUGCGCAAGGUCAUUUCGGACAUGCCUCUCCCGGCCACACUCGGCAACGCCUCUGAAGACCAGCCCUACAUCGUCCCCAAGGGCAACUUCCUCCUCGCCGCGCCGUGCAUCACCCAGAUCGACCCCGCCAUCUGGACCAACUCGUUCGAGUGGGACCCAUCUCGCUGGGUAGACCCCAACUCUGACGCAGCCCGCAUGUACGCAGAGUACACCGAAACGGGGGAGAAGGUCGACUACGGCUUCGGUCUCGUCAGCAAGGGCACCGAGUCUCCUUACCAGCCCUUCGGUUCUGGCCGUCAUCGUUGUAUCGGCGAGCAAUUCGCGUACGUGCAGCUUGGCACACUCCUUGCGCUCAUCGUACGCAAGCUCGAGAUGAAGGCUGACAAAGUGCCCCCGCAUAACUACACCACGAUGAUCACCACGCCCUCCAAGCCGCGGGACAUCACCUUCCGUCGGCGUCAGGUAUGAGCUUUCCCUCUCAUCUCAUCUCGUCUUCCCUAGUCACCCGACCUGUCGGGUCCCCGCCUGUACCUUAGACUUCUUUCCUCUGGGCAAAGAGAAAUCUCCUGCGAUUACAUUAAUUCACCAUGAAUCUCUCCUCCGUUUU